GAUGUCAAACCGGAUAUCUUCGCGAAAGUAUUGGAAGGCGAUAAGGAACUUGAAAAACAAGGAAAGAAGGUGUUGAAAAGCGGUCCUGAAGACAACGUUUUCAUCUAUUACUCUGGCCAUGGUGCGAUUGCCUAUAUUUCUUUCCCAAAUGGAAAACUCACUGCCACGCAAUUGAACGAUAUCCUCGUCAAAAUGCGUUCAAACAAAAAGUAUAACAAAUUGGUGUUUUAUUUGGAUGCUUGUUACUCUGGCUCUAUGUUCCUCGAUAUCCUUCCUUCAGAUGCCGGAGUCUACGUGACAACCUCAACCAACGAAGAAGAAUUAAGCUAUGGUACUUUUUGUAUAGACCCGCGAAUCGCUGUAUGUCUUGCGACCGAAUACUCUUAUGCCUGGAUUACGGAUUCGGAACACAAAGACUUGAGAAAGCGCACACUGAAUCAGCAGUACGUGGAGGUAAAGAAGCGGACAGAACAAAGUCACGUGAUGAAGUAUGGUGAUAUGACGAUGGGAAGUCUCCCAGUUGCAAUGUUCCAAGGUCAUUAUCAUCUACUGACGCACCGGAAUGAUGAGGCAUCAAAUUCCAAUGUUGUAGAUAGACAACUCUCAUCUCGGACGCAUUUGUUUUCACUGACUCGACGCCUGAUGUUGGCAACAACUGAGGAAGAACAAGAAUUCACUUCUCGAAAACUGCGCCGUGCACUUCAGCUUGGCCACGUCGUCAAGGAAGCGUUCCACGACAUUGUCAUGGAUGUGACAACCCACCGGAGGCUAUUGGUAAAGGACGUGUCCAAGAGAGAUGAGCUCAUAUGUUACGAGGCCGUAUACGAUCACUUCGAGACGCACUGCUUCAAGAUUCAGCAGGUCCCAGAGAUAGCUGAGCACACAGUCCAUCUAAUGGAGCUGUGCAAAGCCGGAUACGAGGCCCAAACACUCAUCGAGUCUGUCCACAGCGUCUGCUCCUAACGAACACGCACUAUGUUGCGUUAUUCUGCCAAAAUAAAAUGAAUUGCAA